AAUGAGAGUCAAAUCCAUUUUGUCAGCUUUCAGCUUGAUCGGGCGUUGACUGACAUCUUGAAUAACACAAUUAACCUAAAAAACAUCUCUCAGGCCUUUAAUAAUAGAGGUGUGACAUUAAAUAGUCUCAGGUUGCAACCGCCGGUGAUUAACAAUAUCACAGACCUGAAGCCUUAUGUUAACUGUACUAAGUUUGCCAGCUACACUGCUGAGAUCAUUGAUGGUCAGUGGCAGUGUGUUGGACACUGCAAAACAAACCCAGAUUACUGUCAUCAGCAUGGACAAUGCCUCAAUGACAUUAACAAAGGCCCUGUCUGUAGGUGCUUCAAUUCUAGCCUGAAGCAGUUUUAUGGCCCCCGGUGUGACGUGUUCCACUGGGGUCCGGGCUUCUAUGGAGCACUGUUUGGAUCACUGGCAGUAGCACUCCUGCUCUUGAUUAUCAUCAUCACUAUUAUCCUUGUCAGAAAGAAAUAUACAGGCGUUUGGAAAAGGAGCAACUCAUAUAACAGAAGACUGUCUACUUUCUCAGAAGAUUUCUUUGGCUUCUAUAAUACAGGAGAUCACAACUUGGAAUUUACGGGUACUUAGCCAUCAGAGGGUUUUAAGCCACAUCUAGAAAAUACUGACAAUCACAGGUCACAGAUGUCCAGAGGUUCUGAACAUCAACCCUAGAUGAAGGCUACAUUUUAGAAUUUUUUUUUUAAUUCAAAUGUUUUUUAUGCU